UUCAGUGUGCAGCAACCCGCCUCCCAUCCCCCGCGGGCCUCCGGGGCACCCCUGGUCGACCCAGCUGCGGUACUGCUCCCAAAAAUUUGGUCUUCCCCCUGGAAGCCGCCUUCCCUGCCGCGACCACUCAGCGGGGUAGCGUCGGGCAGGCGCCAAGCUGCUGGAGCCGCGCCAGGUGGAAACCUAGCGGUGCGUGGUGGAGCGCCGGUGCAGCCUGCCUCCCUCUCCUGCUUAGCUCCAAGCUUGUGAGGUGACUCUACCUGGAUUUUCCAGCUGCACAAUGUGUAGUAUCUUUAAAGGUUGGCAAUGAUGAAUAAACUGGAAUUAAUGGAAGACAAGAUGCUGGAGGUUCAGUUUGUGGGAGAUGAUGAUGUUCUUAAUCACAUUCUUGAUAGAGAAGGAGGAGCUAAAUUAAAAAAGGAGCGACCUCAACUUUUGGUCAACACAAAAAAAAUAAUAAAGAAGCCGGAACAUGACUUGGAGGAGGAUGACCAUGAAGUCUUAAAAGAUCAGAACUGUGUGCAAGUUUUAGGACAAAACCUUCAAGAAUCUUUGAAAAAUGGCUCUGCUACAGAUGGUGGGAAUAAAGUUUAUUCUUUUCAGAAUAGGAAACACCCUGAAAAGAUGGCCAAAUUAGCUUCAGAACUAGCAAACACACCAAGAAAAAAUGUAUCAUUUAAUUUGAAGAAUGAUCCUGAAGUUAUGAUUAACAUUCCUCAAUGUAGCAAGGGACAUUCCACUUCAGACAAGGUUCAGUUGAAGUUGAAGAAGAAUGAUAAAAGUGAAAUUCUGUCAACAGCACCUAGUGGUCUAAGGAAAACAUUAAUAGUUCCACGGUCCCAUUCUGACAGUGAAAGUGAAUAUUCUGCUUCCAACUCAGAGGAUGAUGAAGGGGCUGCCCAAGAAUAUGAAGAGGACACUAAUGAAGUCAUACUGAGCCAAAAGAGUCAAGCUCAGAAUAGAGUCGAUUCAACUCCUGUUUGCAAAGAAAUACCUUCUAAGAAAAUGAAAAGAGAUAAAACAAGUGACUUAAUAGAAGAAUAUUUUGAAGCGCACAGCAGUUCAAAAGUUUUAACCUCUGAUAGAACACUGCAGAAACUAAAGAGAGCUAAACUGGAUCAGUUACGUGCUCUAGUGUGGGAUCAUGUGAAGCAGAGUCUUUAUAACUGGCUCUGGUAUGAAACUACUACAUAUAGUCCUUAUACUGAAGAAACCUCCUAUGAGAAUUCUCUUCUGGUUAAACAAUCCGGAUCACUACCACUGAGUUCCCUAACUCAUGUCUUAAGAAGCCUUACCCCUAAUGCAAGGGGGAUUUUCAGGCUACUAAUAAAGUAUCAGCUGGAUAACCAGGAUAACCCUUCUUACAUAGGACUUUCUUUUCAAGAUUUUUAUCAGCAGUGUCGGGAGGCAUUCCUCGUCAAUAGUGAUCUGACACUUCGGGCCCAGUUAACUGAAUUUAGGGACCACAAGCUUAUAAGAACAAAGAAGGGAAGUGAUGGAGUGGAAUAUUUAUUAAUUCCUAUUGACAAUGGAACAUUGACUGAUUUCCUGGAAAAGGAAGAGGAGUCUUCCUGAAGCUGUCUUCUACUCUUGGAUCUUCUGUGGAAGGGUUGUUGUACUCCAGCUGCUACUCCUCUAAAGUGUUGUGUUCACUUCCAGCAUUAGACUUUUUCCAGGGCACAAGAUUUAAAAUUGGGAGGGGGGAAUGUCAUCAUUUUAGAACCUUGAGUAGCCUGGCUGGUGUACCAUCUCUAGUACUGUGCUAUGCAGUGAUCCUCAAGUUGGAGAAAAUGUGCCUUUCAUUCAUUACCUCUCUGGAGAUUUCUUGUUGGAAUGAACAGUGUGCUCAGGGACUCACUGGAACUGAAUGUUUGUGAAUUCUUUUAUACUAGAGAUGAUAUGACUCCUAAGUUUUUGAGGGCCUUUUAACACUCCCGGAGCUGACUAUUUGCAAAUGUGCUUGUUCCAGACUGGAAGUACAAAGACACUGGCAUCACAUAAAUCUGCUUUCUUAGGUUGUUCUGUGUGUCCGACAGGAAGGCAGAUCAUCUCUUACUAGUUUCUGAAAUGGCUUAACGAAAGGCAUAAGACGGGAAAAGCAGGUGAUCCCACACUCUGCUUUGGGAUUUAGGCUCCACACUGGGGGGUGGGAGGGGAUAUGACACUAUUCAGUCAGGAUAGUGGGAAGAGCCUAUCAAGUAUAUAGUGUGUAUACGCACCCCAGAAAGCACAUGAACAAUAGAACAUGAUAUUCAGAACAGUUCAUGUCUGUGCCAUCACCUUCAGGAUACAAGUGAGAAGCCAGGCUAGAGAAAUACACUCCUGCAAUACAUUUUAGUCAUUCUUUUCAAGACAACAGAAAAUAAAAAUUUAAUUAUUCUUGUAUAUUAACAUAUUUUUCUUGUCUUGAAAAACAUGCAGAUGAGUAGCAUAUUAAUGACUGGCUUUAAAAUUAAUCUUGAAUUCUCUAUUACGUACACCUAAAACCCCACUGUAAGACAUUUCAGUUUUUUUCUUAAAGUGACAAUUUCAAUCCUCCUAAAUAUUUUUCUUAGGAAAAAGGCUAACUUUGGCCACUGUAGUCAGCUUAUCAUCUUCACACACUCCCUGAAAUAUUUCAUACUUGGAAAUUAAAUUCUUCAUAAAAAUAGCACUGUAAUAAAGUAUGUACUGCAUCAGCAUUUUUCACUCAUGUCUUGUCUUGUAAACCCCCUUCAUGAAAAUAUUUCCCAAAAUGCUGAGAACUUUUUAAAUCAUUUCUUUGUGGCAUAUAAUUUGUUAAACCCAUGUACUAAGGGUUUAGUCUUACAUAUUAAUCAGAAUAUUUAAAGAAAUUUGUACAUGAUGAUUCUAAAAAAUUUGAAUUGUACCAAACGCUAUACAAUGAAAAGUGAGUUUCCUUCCAAUUCCCUGAUCCAAUCCCAUAGGCAAUCGUUGAUAGCAGUUUAUUCUUCCAGAGGUAUUUUAUGUACAUGUGAGGGUUUUUGGUCUGUUUCUCCUUUUAAAAACACAAAUGAUAGCAUAUGAUACUUGCUGAUUUGCACCUUGCUUUUUUUGGCUUAAGAUAAUCUAGUUUAUAAAAAUAGUGUAAAAAAGUAUACAGAAUAUUCAAAUGACCUAAUGUGCAAACUUUACAUUUGCCCUUAAAAAUCUACUGGUUUAUUUUUUUAAUUUUUGUGUCUAUACUAUUUGCAAGCAGUAUGUGUCAAUAGUCUUUAUUAUUAAUAAAUAAAAAGCCAAUUUGGAUAAAAUCA